AUGGAAGCAGCCCUUGGUGGACCUUCGAAAGUCCUUAGUAGACCUAAAGCCUUAGUUUGUUAUAUUUGUGGUCGUGAAUAUGGAACAAAGAGUUUGGGAAUUCAUCUGAAAUCCUGCAAAUAGAAAUGGGAAAUAGAGUAAAUGAAGCUCCCUCCCAAGUAAAGAAGACCAAUGCCUCAGCCUCCUGAAUCCUUCGAAUAAUUAAUGAGUGGAGGGGUCAAUUCUAAAAAAUUAGACUAGUAUAAUGAGUAAGCUUAUAACAAGUGGGACACGGAGGCAUUGAUUGCUUGUCCAAAUUGCUAAAGAACAUUUCUUCCUGAUAGAUUACAAAUUCAUCUGCGCUCUUGUAAAGCAGAUAGACCUUUGAAGCCAAGAUUAGUCAGUAAUAAAUAGACUUAGGAGUAAGAAAUUCGACAAAAGAAUAUCAGAGAACCAGAGGUCAGAGUCAAUAAUCAGCAGAGACAAUUGUAAUAGAAAUAAUAAACCAGUUUCGAGGGUCAAUAAAGAUAAAGUGUUCCUUAGAGUAAAGUAAUUAAUUAUGUUAAUGACGGAGGAUCAUCUGGAGGAUCAGGUGGAACAUAGAAAAAUGCUAUGUAGUAAAAGAAUCCUGCAUUCUUUAAUAAUCAUAAGCCAAACGUCAACAUGAUGUUUACACUUGAUGAAGAAGAUAAUGAAACUGAGUAUGGAGAAUCCUUAAAAAGCUAAAUUAAUAAUCCUGAUGGAAGGAUAAUUAAACUAAUGAAGAAGAUUUAGCAAUCAGAGGACGAGGAAGACAUUGAUGAAGAUUAUGAUGACUCAGAUUUUGAGCAAGAUGAGAGAUUCGCUAAGAGAUAACACAAUGAAUUUGAAGAUGACAAUAUUAUUUACCAAAACAUAGCAAAAAAAGAACAGAAAAAUUUAGAGCAAAAAGCAAAGAGAAGAGUUGAUAACAUUCAAAUAGCAGUAAAAAAGAUAAAUGACGUAAAUGACUUUAUGAUUCCUAAAGGAGGUUAAGCAAAACAGACCUAGUAACAAGUAUAAUAAAGCGAAAGGUUUAAUUAUCCUAAUCCUAAUGAUGAAGAUGAAAAGAGAGUGGAGUGCAGUAACUGCGAGAGGAGAUUUGCGCCAGAUAGAAUUAAAAAGCAUGAGUAAACUUGCCAAGCUUAAAAACAAAGGAAACCUUUUGAUGUUUCAAAACAAAGAUUAGGGGAUCACCAGGAGGAGGUACCACAAAAACAAGUAAAGAAGAAGAUGCAGCAUAAAGUUAUUAGGGAAGUAGAGUAGGAUGAUUAAAAAGAUGACAAGAAAAAGAAAUGGAAAUAGUAACAUGAAUAACUAUUGAAAGCAAUCAGGAUAUCAAAGAAAAUGAAAUAAUUAGAGGAUAAUGGGGGUGAUGUGAGAGAGAUACAAGCAUUAGCUAGCUAGAUUCCUAAUCAAAAUUCAGAGGAUCUAGUAGAAUGCCCUCAUUGCUUAAGAAAAUACAGUCCAAAGACUGCUGAGAGACACAUUCCAAAGUGCAAGGAUAUUGUUAACAAGCCUAAACCUCCGCCAAGAUUGAGAUAGCAAGAACAAAUUUCUAACUAAUCAAUAAUUAGCAAUAUGCCAUAAAGCCAGUAGCAAUUUUUCAAAAAUGAUCAAAGAAUGUCUGUUCACGGAGCCCAAGGCAGUGAAUAGAGACCAAAAUCUAUUACCAGAAAUAAGUUGCCUCAAUAGCACUACACAACUUAAGAUUCCUAGAAAUAGUUACCAAAUAGUUAAGAUCAAUAUAAGUUUAGCAAUUAAGGAAGCCCUAAACUGCAUUCAGAGCAGAAUCUGAGUAAAAGCCCACUUAAAUCUAUUUUAAAAAACAAACAGAACACUGAUACAGGAAUUUAAUAGAAUCUCAAUUAUUAAAAUGAAAAUUUAUCAAAUUAGUCAAAAAGUUCAUCAAAGAUUGAAGUCUUCUAAAACACUCAGAAGCCAGGAAUAUUAUAGAAUUCAGGAAUGAGUGGAAGCCCUUCUAAGUUGGACAGAAAACCCUUACCCAAGUAUGAAGACUAUGAAGGAGAUGAGUUUGAUCAGUAUUCAACUUCUAACUCAAGAUAUGAUAUGCCACUUCAAAGCCCUCCCCAAGCAAUUAAAUAAAGUAAUAUGUUCACUCCCGUCAAUCAGGGUUCAAGGAUCAACAGUAUGUUAUAGUCUUAGACUAUAGAUUAUACCAGUCGACCGUCAUAAGUUAUUGAAGAGAAACAUGCCAACUAAGCUAAUUCUUAAUAGGAAUUUAAUCUCUUAGGCAGUGCUGGCAGAAGAAGGAUAAGCUGCUAUGACAAUGAAGGCAAUAAGAUAGAAGGUAGUAUCAAUUAGUUCUCUAAUGACAAUAUAUUAACUAAAUAACAGUUGCAUCAAUAGGAGGAAAAAAAGAAAGUAUCUUUUAUAAGAUCGCAUACUCCGAAGCCACUCAAAGCAAAAAGUAUAUAUAACCAUAAUGAAGAGGAAAAUGAUCAAGGAUCUAAAUUUCUAUCACCUUCAAGACCACAAUCAAGCUAUCUAAAUAACAUGAAUAGAGUUUAGCAGCAAACUGAGUUGAAUAAGGUUGCAAGACACGGUGAUGUGAAAACUAGAAGUUCAAUGUAUUCGAAUGUUUAAUGCCCUCAUUGUAGUAGAAUGUUCGCAGACGCUGCUGCUUAAAGACAUAUACCUAUAUGCGUCAAUAUCAAGGCAAAGCCUAAAAGAUUGGAUUAGAAAUCCUUAAAUACAUCUUAAAUAGCGACAGGAGGAAUCUAGCCUUUUAAGCCAGCAUAGCAAUCACGAUAAAAUAAUGGUUCUACUAUUUUAUCAUAGCAAUAAGACUAUGAAGAAUAGCAUCAGCCUAAUGUAACCCCUCAAUACAGGAUUGGAAGUCCAAAAGCACUUAAAAUUCACAAUAAUCGAUAUGGUUUACCAUUACCUAAUUUAACUAAUACAGCUGAUCUAGGUUCUACAGACAGUCAUUCAAACGAUGUAACAUCAUUGGGUGAUAACUUGCACAAUUUGUUGAGUCCUCAGACAAUUCAAAAUCUUAACAAAUUGAAUACUCCUUUGAUGAUGAAGAGCAGCAAUAAUAACAAUAACGAUUCUUCAACUAAUUUAAGCCAAGCUAGCGGUAGUAGUCUAAAUAGCUAGGCACCUAAGUUUUGCACAACUUGUGGAUGGAAGCAUAGAGAUGUUGACAGAUUCUGUGGAGGUUGUGGGCUCAAGAGAACCCAACAAACUCUUCAAAGAGGACAGACCUAAAAUAUGACUUCGUUCGAUCCAGUAAAGCAGAAUGAAAAUGUUUAGUUAUUGCUAGACUCCUUAAGAGAUAACUACAUAACUUAUAAGGAAUAUGCAAUGAGGUGCAAUCUUGAGCUUAGAACUCAAAGUUAAUCAGAGGCAUAAAAGUACUUUUAUUUCCCUCCAAAGAUCCCCUAAUUGGAUGACCCUGAGAAGUAGAAAGCAUAUAGAAAAAAGUACAUCUAAGAUGUUACUACUAUGGCUGAGCCAGAACCCUUAGUACUUAUAGCUGAUUCUCUUCACAAAGAGUUACUUGAAACGAUCGGGGACAGGUCAAAUCCAAGUAUCAUGAGACAAGAUCUGGCUCUGUUUUACAAGAGAAGACUUACUUCUCUAUAACAUAAGAAAUAUAAGAUACUCAACAGAUGGGCUAAUCAAAUCAUGACAUCAGAGUAUAUCGAUAAAACCAGUAUCUAACUGGAUUAGUGUUUGGGAAGACUAUAGUAAGAAAUAGAUCUAGCCUUGAAUAGAGCAGAAAGGCUAUAAAUGGAGGAUAAUUACUAGUUAGGUAAAACUGGAUAGAGACCUCACCCAACAGCAAAAGAGGAGGAUAAGGAACAUAAGCCAUUGUAUCUUGAGUCUAAAACACAAAGUGUUAACAGUUUAAUCAGACUGGAUGAUGUCGAAACGUAUUUAAGAAUUUAAACUUAUAGGAAUAAAAUUUUCAGAUUGGCAAACAAACUAGUAACAGAUAUUAAAUGGCUACCUUAUUCGAGCAGAUUUGACAUUUGGGGAGAGAGCAGAGCUAUGAUAUUGGAUUUCAAGGAGAAAUAUAAUUAAAAGAAGUAUAAGAUUUAUAAUGAUGUCUCCCGAAAGAUUAAAAGAAAGCUUGAAUUGAAUGGAGUCAAUGAAGAUAGAGUUAUUACCUCUAUAAUUGAUAAAUUUACCAAGCAUUUAAAAGGGCAAGAAUUUGUUUCAAGGCAGGAGUAGAUCUUGAAUUCCCAUAUUUGUAACUAUGAGACUCCUCCCAUAAUAGUAUCCAACGUUCUUGAGCUAAAGAUCUAUUUGCUUGAAAUCGCCAAAGAUUUUGGAAUUACUGGUGAUGUUGAGAUAGAUAAUGGGCAUUCUUUCACUUAUCAAGUCCAAGUAUUCUUCCCUACUCAUUUCUAAAAGCAAGUUAUCCAGCUAUAAUUCGAUUGGUUUGAUACCAGUCCUGAAAAUGAUUGGGAGACAAUUGACAAACUUUCAAAGAAUUUGGGUUUAAACAAAACUGAAACUGUAAAUUAAAUGAGCAAGUUCUCUGAGAUAGAAAGAAAGAAAUCAAUUUUAGGUAGAAUAAACUUAAAUGAUAAUAGAGAAAUGCUAAGGAAAGGAAUAGAUAAGAAAAGAUUUGAUAAUAUUGAGUUCUUUACUCUUGAUGAAACAGAUUAUAAGCUCAAGAAAGCAGAUUGGCUGCAUCUUAUAUGUUUCUAAGGCUUUGUGUCUGAGAGUAUAAAGAGGCAGAGUAAUUAUCUAAAUCAGACUUAAAACUACGAUAGCCUUCUUGAAUCAGCAUUCAACUUUUUGGAUGUAAAUGACGGAGGGGCGGUAAACAAGAUAAUAGAAGAAAGUUCACUAACUCAUGCUCAAAGAGCAACCAAGCGAAAUUAAGUUAGAUCUGAAAAUAAUAACUUCAAGACUAAGGAGGAUGAAAUUGAAAAUAAUCUAAAAAAUGCUGUCUAAAAAGCUGAUUAAUUUGCUGAACAAAUAAAGAUAGCAGAAUAGCCAUUGCUCGAGCCUAUUCCGACUCAUUUUUGUUCGAGAGAUAGAGCUAUAGGGGAUAUGGAAAUUAUAAACCCACAAUUCGGAAAGGAUCAAAAUGGAAACCCAAGAAACCUACUUAACGGAAAUAAUGGUCCUGGAAACAUCUUUUAAAAUCACAUUUCAAGAAAACUUGACGAUCCAGAUAAUGAUAAGAGUAAGGUUCACCCAGUGAGUAUAAAGUCACUGAAAUACAAUAGGUAAUAUAACCCAAAGUUAUCGUCAACUUGCCCUUGUGUGCCUAUCUUUCAUGUCUCCUUUGGAAGGCCAAAACUAUUUGAGUCUCUUUCCGAGACUUUAGAUAAUUAAAAUUAUGAUGUUAAUUCAGGAAAAGAUUCAAGACAAUAUCUCGGACGAUAAGACAGAAUAGAAGUUGACUAUUCGAAUAUGGAUGUCACAGUAUUCGAUGAAUACGGGAUCAAAAUAAUCUACGAAGAAUCUCUUAACGACAUUCUAGAUAUUGAGGAGGAGCUUAUUAAGAUUGGAUCAUUCUUUAUUGCUAAGCAUGAAUUUAUUUUGGACUCAGAAAUCAAAGAACCAGCAAGUGCCAUUGACAGAGCAGAAAUGACAAAUCACCUGAUAUGCUAGGAAGCUAUUUAUCAAUUCGAAAAAGUUUAGCUUAUUUAACACUAUCUUGAAACAUAUGAGCAUGUUUACGAUCCUUUGGAAUAAGUUAGAAUCAUUUAAAUGAUUGUUGAUACUAUGUCUCAGAGACCAAGACUUAACCUUGAAGCUACAUAUUUCUUAGAUUCGUACAAAAGCGAAAUAGAAGUGAUCAAAUAAAAAGCAGAAUUGUUCAGAGAGUUGAAAGACUUUUCAAUUUAGAUUGAGGAGGAGGAAAAUGAAUAAGUGCUCAAGUAGCAAGAGCUUAAAUACAGGAAAGAAUAAGAUCAUAUGAAUUAGAAAUUCGUAUAUGAUGAAAAUAAGAAGAGAGUAGAGAAAGUUGGUGGAGCCGAAGAUGAGAUGAAAAAAGCACCCGUCACAGAUAAACUCAAAGACAGAUUAGAACAGAAAGGCAUAGUUGAUCCUGAUAAGAGGCAAAGAAUGAGAGAAAUUGCUUAAAGACACAUAACUGAAUAUGCUAAUAAUUAAUAUAUGGAUUUCUAAGAUGUGCUUGGUAUUCCAGAGGUUACAGCUGAAUAGCUAUUCAUGAGUUAAGGAUAAAAAGAGCCAUUAAUCCUUGACACUUUAAGAGAACAUGGAUUUUUCCAAAAAUAAAUGGAUGGUUAUCCAUGGUAUUUUGCUAGAAAUGAAAGCAAAGUUGAACUUAAAGGAAUAGGCAAUCGGUCAAUAGGAAUUUUGGAUUUUUAUGAGUCACUCGGCAGCGUUUCUAAGAUUAACGCAGCACUAUCUCAAUCUUUAUAGGAUUUAAUUAAAACUCAUAUGCCCGAAAAUGGUCUGGCUCAUUCUUGCCUUGAAAGAUCACUUUUAAUAGAAGCUAGAGGAAGAAUGAAACUAAUUAGAGCACUCAAUAGGGAUAGUGAAUAUCUUGUAACAAAAUCUGCUCCCAAGAUCGAAGAGGAUUUGUAUUUUUAGCAAAGUGACAACCUAAUAUUCUUAAUGAGAGAAUUCAAGUCUUAAAUGCAUCCAGAAUAGAUUUAUGAAAAAUCAAAUCCCUUAUUAAUAGCUAAACUUGAUAUAGAGAGCGUUUCAAAAUUCAACUUUCCAAGAUUAAAGCAAUCAGAUAUCUAAAAUAACGAAGAGCUUUCAUAAGAUCAAAUAAUGGUUAAAAUGAUAGAUCUAGCAAAAAUAUCUGUGGUUUCAAUGACUCAAGAAGAAAAGCUCAUAGGAGGUAAUCUGCACAUUGAGGAUUUCAUGGAAAAGAAAGGUCAAAGUUAAUUACCUGAGGUUGUGAAUUAGCCCUCAAUGAUGGUAAUGAGCUGCAAUCUUUUAGAGGUUGUAAGAUUGAGAGAAGAAUUGAUUCAUAGAAUAUAUGAGACUGAUAUCUUAUCUAUAAUAUACAAAGCUCAAUUGAAGCAAGUAAAUAAAGAUAAUUUCAAGCUAGUGCUCUCUGAUUCAAUCAACUUUGAUACAUAAAGCAUCACUAGAGAUAACAUGAAUCUCAUUGAUUAUAAUGAUGGAAGUAAAAUGGAUUUCGAUUUGGCAUUUAGAGAAUUCGAUAGCACCUUGAAAGCUAAUUUAGACUUUAAAAGUGAAAGUUGCUUGAAAGCUCUUAUGACUGAUCUCGGUGUUGAAGAACUGAGAGCUAUAGUUCACUACUAAAUAAUGCAAUAGUAAUUAUUACAUGUGGCUGUAAUGAUUAACUAAUCAAUCAUUGAUGGGUGCAUUAAAGGCUUGCAUGAAUUGGAUUUCCUAACUAAGAAAAAGCAAUUAUCAGUGCCAAACUCGGUAAUUAAUCUAGCUCAAAUCCUAUCCAAAGGUGGGGAUGGCUAUAAUACAGAUUAACUUAACAGAGAAAGAAAUAAGUUAAGAUAAAUAUUAUAAAGAGAAAUUGGAGAUCACAUUUACUCUAUUAAUGCAAAGAAAUCGAGACAGAGACCUUAUAUCAUCAAGAGAUAUGGAAACGUUUUGUAAAAAAUAUAAACAUACACAGCCAAACCAGAAGGAAAGUUAAGAAUACUAAGAUCAUACAGACUAAAACUACUGCAUAACUACUGCAAGGAUGUUUUGAGAGAAGUUUAUUAAGAUUCUCUUAAGAUUUAGACUUUAUAAACAGUGAAUUAGUUGAAAAUAAAGCAAAGACUACUACCUAAAGACAACAAUCUAUUCACUCUAGGACUAGGUGACAUGUAUGAAAAUCUACCGAACUCAUUUAUUCAUCAUGGCUUUAACAUUUACAAGAAUCACUAGAAGUUUAAUGUGUCUUAGCUUUUGAACAAUAAAUUUGAAAGCUUAUUCUACUUGCCCUCCAAUGAUGAGAUUAUGAAUUUAGAGGCUAGAAUCGAUGACACUAAAGAAUUAUAACUUUAAACUUAAGCUUAAUUUACUGAUCAAAUUAAUGAGUCACUUAUGGAUCAAUAGAUUAAGGACUUGGUAAAGAUGCCUACCCACUUUCAAGGUUAUAAAUUAGAUGAUGGGUUAACUAAGCCUAUUAGAAAAGUCAAUUGUGCCGAGAGUUUCUCUUACAACUCUUAAAGUUACAAGCUUUUGGCCUAUCUUACACUGAUACACAGAAUAUACAAUUUGGAGUAUUACAUGGGUAGGAACAACUCACCAGGUCUAGAUGUGUUAGAAUUAGAGGAUUAAAUCCUUGUCGGAAGAUUAUAUUGGGAAAAAGAUAAAGAAAUGGGACUUCCCCCUUCUGGGACUGAGCAAUCAAUUUCCGAUAUUGUAAUAAACAGAAUAGUCAAUCAAAGAAGAGCUAGAGUAGACCUUGCAGAAGACCUCAACCAAAUAAGUAAAAGGUUAUCAAAGAUGAAUGAUUGGCCCAAGAAAUAUACACUGGACUUCUUAAGAAUAGAUACGAUAAUUGAACUUCUUGCUUACUAGCAUGAACUAUUAUUCAAUUAAUUCUCCUAUGGACUUGAAGCAUUGAGUGAGAUAUAUCUAGAUAAACAAAAUUAGGAGUGUUUUUAGAAAAUUAAUGAAGUUUAAAGCAAUCUAAUUAGAAAGGGAAAUGGCAUUAAAAUAUAUCAGAAUGGGUUCGAUUUAAGCUUAGUGAAUGUGCACGCCUUAAGUUAGAAUCUGAACCACAGAUGUCUUGAAGAUAACUAAGAUUUUUCUAAGAUAUAUUAGCCAGUCAUAGAUGAGGAAUAGCUAGUCCCGAUGGAGAUUACAAUGAUUAAGAAUUUCUACAGUUUAGACAAUUAUCUAGAUAAUUAGAAUUUACAAAUUAUGUCAAGAUCUCACUAUAGUGAUUACUCUUAUUUAGAGAAUUGCUUUUUUAACAUGAAGGAUAGCGAAAGAGCCUAUAUCUACACGAACUUCUUUCAAAUAGAUGAGAUGAUUAGAGAUUACUUAACCUUUAAAGGUGUCAUCAAUGAAAAGGUUAUAAAUAUUCCAGACCUGAUCAAGCAUAAACUGGAGUUCUUAAAUCUUAAGAAUGAAUAAAAGCUGUUAUAAAAUCUACUAAUGUAAUGGAUUGGAAAAUGCAUUUUACCAAAUGACAUCUAAAGUUAUGAGAAACUUCUAAGACUCUACAAGGAUCAUGUUCUUAUGAAGAUACUUCAGGAAAGAGAUGCAUUAAACGAGUUACAGUAGAAAACCAAGGAGAGAUAAGAACAUAAGAAAUCAACUACAGCUGGGACUGAUAUUGGAUAAAAAGUUAACAAAGACGCUAUGUAUGAUGCUCUAAGCAUGAAUGUUUAACUAAAGCAUAUGGCAGAUCUGAUUAAUGAAAGAAAAGCAGAGAUUAAUGUCGUUAAAAGAGAACUAGAAGUCAGAUUGAUCAAGCAUUCUGUUUAAAUGAUAAAGAAUGAACACUCAUCUCUGCUUGCUACAUUUGAACAAGCAGCUGCUGAAAAAGAGGUCAAUGUGUAUGUGCAUCCUGAGCAGCAGUAUGCAUCCACUCUCUACUAAUCUGUAGAUAGAAACAGUCAUCUUGAUAUAUCGACCAAACUAUCUUUUGUAUAGUAGUUCCUUACAAGACUAAGAAAUAGAUGCACCGAAGUAGAAACUUUAACAAGCGGACCAGGAAUCGUUUUCUCAAUGAAGGAUUUCAAUGAAUGUCUUCAGAUAUUCUGCAAAGGACUGCUUAAAUACGGCGAAUCAGAGCUGAGAACCAGAAUAGAGACAUAAUACCUGAAGGAAAAUCAAUAUAAGCAUUUGAUAUACUUAAAAGAUCAACAGAGUCUAUACUAUAAGAGAAAGUGCGAGGCAUUCUUAACAGACAUUGACAAGUUGAUAAACUCUAAGCUUACUCAAAAAGGAAAUUAAAUAAUAUAUGAACUCGACAUCUCCAACAGAGAACUUAGAAUGUUAAAAGACAACUUUUACUUAAUGGAGAAAUUCAUGAGAUAGGAAUUGAGGCAUGAAUACGAAAGAAUCAUACAAGAGAAGGACAACACUAUUCACAAAUUCAAAGAAAGUUUUCAAAUUUACAAGUCAGAAUUAAACAAUGAAAUAAAAGAGGAGGUAGCGAAGGAGAUCCUUAGUCUCGAUAAACGAGUGAAGAAUAUAGUAAAGAAAGAUUCUAGCAACAAGUAUAAUAUGAAUUCGCACAGAGGUUAAGGCAACCCAAGAAACAUUCUUGGCACAGGAAAUAAUUUCACAGAUUUUAAGCAGGUCUCUAACUAGAGUUCUAAUGGGGCUUUGGCUGGAGCUGGUUAAUAUCACUCCCAAGGCUAUUAUGACACUGAAUCAAUAAAAGAGAUAAAUAGUCUUCAUAAGUUCAUCAGAAAGUUUAAAAUCCUAACUAAAAUGAAAGAGGUCUUAGCAGUAGAAAAACAUGAACGAGAACUUCAUAAUCAAAGAUAGAAGCUUACUUCAAAUGAAUGCCUUUGGGAGCAAUUAGCUGAAGCUGAGAAGAGAGAAUAGAUCAUAAGAUAGGAACUGUAUUACACUUAAUAAAAUCUUGCCUCUUAUGAAAAGCUUAUUGAAAAACUUCAAUCAUAAUUAGAGACCCUUAACAAUCAAAAGCUUAGAUUGCAGUAAUACAAGAAUUCAAAGAGUAAAAGAAUUGAAGAACUAGAAUCAAAGAUGAGAGAUAUCGAAAUCCUCGAAAAUAUAGAUUUAAACAAGGUCCUUGAAGAACUUAGGCAAAGAGACAAAAAACUGCAAUAACUUUAAUCAGCCGAUAAAAGCUUUACUUAAAAGCUUGAUGUAGUAAAUAAGGCUAAUGAUAGAAAAGUUGUUGAGAUGAAGAAGAAGUACUAAGUAGAGAAGGAUAUGAAACAACAAGCAUACACUAAACUUGACAAUCUAAGAUUAGAGAUGAGAGCCUUAGAAGGCAGAGAUUUUACAAACGAUCUUUGGAAGGAAAAAUGUAAGGAACUUUUUGACAUUUGCAAAGACUUACAAAGAGAGAAUGAUGAAUUAAAGUCAAUCGUUAAUCAUCAGUAACAAGAGCAAAUAUAAACUAUCUAGAAUAUGCAGGGCUAUCAAUAGGUCUUGUAAAGUAAUUAAAUGAUAGCCUAGUAAACUCUUUCACCGCUAUCAAUGCAAGAUAAAAUUCAAUUCCCAAUAGGAUCAAAUAUUCAGACUACAAAGCCAUCAAGUGCUGCAGGAGGAAUGGGUAUUGGCUCAAGAGUUUAUAGCAGAGGAGGCUAGGGUUUCGGAGCACUAUAAAACUUCCAAGGAAUCGACCCAACAAUGACUAGCGGACUCUCGUUCCCAGAUAUCAAUCCCCUUGAUGAUGAAAAAAUGAGAUAGCUAAAUUCAUCAAACAAGAAGGGAGACUUAUAAGGAACUUAGUUCUAGACAUAAUCUAAUUUCUAGAAUAAUAAAAAAUCAAGAGAGAUGACUUUGAAGGGUGGAUAAGGAAUUAAUAGUGAUCUUAACAUGGUUCAUGCUUUAACAUCAACAGGUACUAUGAGUGAUCAAAACAAGAAGUAUGGAUAAACUGGAUUCUCGAAUUUCGGUCACAAUAAGCAGUCGUUUAUAAAUUAAGAUGUCUUUAACUCAGGUUUAAUUGGCACAGCUGAAAAGGAGUUGACUACAAUGACAAGUGGUGAAAUGCAAGGAAUAGGUGGAGGAUUCAGAAAUCAUAACUAAUAAGUAUUUGGCUCACACAUCACCUCUAAAUCACAGAAUAGAGGGACUGGACUAGUCAAGGAGUAGCAAUCGAAAUUCAAGCAGAAGAGAUUGAAAACAUCCCAAGGUGGAAGGAGACCUAAUGAUGCUACCUAGUAUUCACAGGGUACUCAAAUUCAUCAAUUCUAGGACUAAGUACCAAUAAGGAAAAGUGGAAAUAACUUGAAUUUCCAAAGAUCUUAGAACUUAACAGCAGCUAAUUUAGUCGGAUAGCAGAUUGCUCAUGGUCUGAUAGCUCAAAGCAUUCCAUCUGCUACCAACAUGUUCAAAGACAACAGAGGUUCAAUCAAUUUGAACAUAAACUUUAACACAACUCACAUAAGUAUGCCAAAGAAGCCAGAAUGA